CCGGGUACGUCGCCGGCACGACGUCGCCAAACGAGGUCGGGGCGCCCGUGCGAAAGCCUCUGACCGAGGACGAGCCCGUGAACAGCGUCGAGGACGCCUUGCAAGGAGGCGGCAGGGACAGCAUCAUGUUCGUGUCGUCCACGCCGAUGCCGUUCGAGUUGCACCACAGCUUUGAUUUGCAGGACCUCAACAGCGUCUCCGGAGCGUGCCUGGACGAAGCCUCGCUGUACGCCGAGGGGUCCGCCAUGCUUUCCUCCAACUUUUGCAAUUACUGCUACUGCAUUCGCGGCUUAAAGCGUUGCGUCCAGCCUAAGUGCCACCUGGCGGUGAAGGACUGCGAGCCGCAGUUCACCAGCCAGUACGACUGCUGCCCCGCCAGCUAUGCCUGCACUCAAGGGCCGAACGCAACGACGCCGCUUCCGCCUCCUUCGACGUUGGCCUCAACUACCACCAGCACGACCACUACCAGCACCACCACAACGACGACGUCGACCACGACUGAGGGGCCGGUCGUCAUUCCCAUUCAGGGCUGCUGGAAAAAGGGCAACCUGUAUCGGGUAGGCGAGCCGAUACCUGGCACAAAGGACUGCGAGACCUGCUUUUGCUCCCCCCACGGACCACUGUGCCAACGUAUAGAGUGUCCGCCUGUUGCCCUGGACUGUGACCCUGUCAUCCCACGAGGACAUUGCUGCCCCACCGAAUACAUAUGCAACAAGACGCAAGUUCACAAAGACAAUGACUAUCUGGUACCUGGAGCUGACAAAAGCAUGCACCAUCCCCAAGCUUCAACUGAUGGGUACAGGGACGGCCAGCCCUUGCCAAGAAAGUCAGAUGACACACUGGACUACAAUUUAGUGCCUCAGCCUGCGUACAGGCCGCCCACAACACAAGAGACCCCUCUGCUAGACAGUAAUGUUGGAACAGAGAAGACCACUACUGCCUUGCACACAGAGCUGUCUAGUCAUACUACCACGAUAAUGCCAGUUACCCGGUUUGCUCCAACACUUAUAACGAUAGAGAAACAACCAAUUUUUCUAGCCGUUAACAAUGCAAAGCAAGGCAUUAGCAUACAGCCACCACCUGAGUCCUCUUCACUAAGCCCUGUAAGCAGCCCGGGCACUGGAAGUUCCAAGUCUGAAGAUCAGACAAAGGCCACAACAGAAACUCCAGCAGAGAAAAGAACGCCCAUCUACAAACCAGCAUUCCUAGACACAAGCAAUGGAGAUAAAGUGGUAAAUGAAAGUACAACAGAAGCGAAUGCCACAGCACUCCCCUCACUUUCACUGCUCUAUGGAAAAACAGCAAGUCAUCCAAAUGACUCAACAAAACACCUGCAGCAAGAUUCUGGCACUGCAGACAGUCCUACAGAGCCAGCCUCAUUCUUAGAACAGGUAAACAGGAGUCCACCCACAAUGCCACAAGAAGGGCUGCACUUUUCAGACCUCAUAGAUCGUGUGUUCUUUCCUGGCAAAGAUGAGAAGAAGGAGUCUGGUGACAUAAACCUCCAGACAGCGCAGCUGAGCCCAGUUUACAGCCAGGCACACCUCUACAAUGCAACUUCCCUCGGGGAAUCUGUAAUAGAAGCCCGUUACCCAGUGAAAGAAAAUGACACGCUUCAGCCAGUGUAUGGAACAGUGCCGGCUUACCACAGACCAACGGCAGAGUCUAGCAUCGGAGAAGCAGGCAGCCUGAAGCCUCUUUAUGGGAAACCGCCCUCAUUCAGGGAGGAGAGCUCUGAUGAACUUAUUUCACAGAUGCACACACAAGUCAGCACCAAUGCAGAGGUUCAUUAUGAGCCUGCCAGUUCAAUGGAUGCGGAUAUGCCAUCUACUAAUAAGUCCCUUGUAGCGGUCGCAGCUACAAACGCCACAGUGGAGAGCUCUAAGCCUCAGAGCAAGCUAUCUUAUCAAAAUGGCACGAAGCAUGAAGAAGGUAAGCUUCCUCACAUAAGCAUACGUCCCAUGGAGCUAACACCUAUUUAUUAUGACGUGCGCAAAUAUACUACAACCACUCGAAGGCCUUCAACGACCCAGAGUACUCAAGGCAGCACUGCACACCUUAGCACCAUGACCACAUCGGGCACAACAGUGCAUGUGCAUCGUACAACCAUUGCAGCUGCUGGAGAUACAUUACAUAUAUCCAAUGAGAGCCACAUUAGAAAGGAGGCUCCAGAAUACCAUCCCAGCUUGAAGACAACAGCAAAGCCAGACUACAACAUCUGGGAACUGAUGUACUUUAAUCGGUCUGUGCCUACCGUAAAGCCAACCGAGGCCAACAACAUGACGGAAACCAACGUAUGGAAAAUGAUGUUCUUCAACCAGUCAUGGCCUACUGCAGAGCCAACCGAAGUGGACAAUGUAACGGAUUCCAGUAAUGAAAUAACCAAGAAGAUAUCACCCGACCAGCCCGCUGAAGAAGUUGGCUUCACCACGAGCGUAAUUAAGGUGAGGGUUGGCAACACGCUUAAUGUCUCUGUGGACAGCAGCAACCAGUCCAAGUAUCGAAACGUUGAAGAAGAUGGCAUUAUUGUCAGUGUAUAUCCGGAGCAUCAAAUGGACGGCGGAGUCACAGACCUGCAGGACAUGCCCCUUCAAGGGCAGGCCGAGAGUCGAGCAAUUUCUUCCGGUGGUCAUUACAAGGGGAUCCAACACUCAGGUGACAAGGCCAAAUCACCUGCUGAGCUCACACAGGUGAUUUCAGACAUCAUAAAGGCUCACAAGAGUGAGGAACCCGAAGUCAUCACUGCUCCAAACAUAGACUUUUCAAAACAAAAUGUAAUGACUGUCAAGGUAACGCCCAGCAACUCCUUUAACGUGUUUUCCCUUGUGUUGUUGGACAAGAAUGGCACAAGUAAGCAUGGCACGAUUUCGACAACAGAGCCACCUGUGGAUACUGCACCUUGGGCACCAAUGGAUCCGGCUGCAGAAGAUUCUUCCAUCACAAAACACUCUGCUGAAUAUGACCAUCACAACCCGACAGGCAGUGGCACUCUGUCGUCAACAGAAAGCUAUGAGUCGCAAGCUUCUUUCACAGUACAAACCAAGCAGUUGCCAAAUGUUGCAUCGAGUGAAACAGUCGAGCAUUCAGAAAAGCCAGCGCUGCACUCCACAUUCAGAAUUGUACCAUUCCUUGCAGAAGACGCUAUAUUCAGGCCGGCAACUUCAACACAGUCUUCAAUGGUCAACUACACAGGUGCCUACCCCAGAAUAGUGAACACGGAUCCCAGAGACACCGUGGAAGACAACUGCUUUGUGGACGGCCAUUUGUUUGUCAAUGGUGAAAUGAUCAAGAAGGAGAACCCCUGCGAGCUGUGCCGCUGCUACUAUGGGCGGGAGCUCUGUCAGCAGAAGAACUGCCCACUGCCUCCUUCACCGGCGUGCAUCAGUGAAGCUGUCCCUGGAUUCUGCUGCCCAAAAUACACUUGCCGUCCGGAGGAUGUCUACUUCCCCCCAGAUACUGAGACCACACCUGCACCUGACAACCUAGUACAGCAGUACACCGUGAACGUUUGGUCGGGGAGGAACCCCACGAGACAUGCAGGUUUUGCGGGUGUGCACAGUACUCAGCAGCCUGGGCCUGCAGGCCGGAAAAGCACACCUUCAUGGCCCACAACUUCCUUUUCCCUCAAGAACUCACCGACACUCAAGCCAUACCUGCUGCAGAGACAUCCAUCUCCACAAGAUCCGCACAACAGGUUUUCUCACUUGCACAGCACAGAAGAAUCAAACAGUUAUGAAGACACGACGCCACCACCACCGCCUACAACGACGACGACAACAACUACUGAGCCACCAACGACAUCUCAGUCACCUAGCAGCAGCCAGCAACUAUGGAAUAUUUUCCAGGUUUCAGGCUGCAACAUCUAUGGAAGGCUCUACGGUGUGAAUGAAGUUGUGCGGGAACUCAGCAGCAAGUGCAAGGCCUGCACGUGCACGUCACUUGGAGUCCAGUGCAAUGAAACGUGUUGACCGUGACCCUCUGCUGCCCAAGCCAUCAUUCACAAAGCACUUAACAUCCAGUUUUGACCGGGAGGGCAAACUUUUCCACAGCAAAGGCACCAGUGUCAGCAUGGUGGCCAGCCGACAUGUGCAAAUGAACUGGGUUUCACGGUGGAGCAGUGCGGCACCACUCCCCGUAGUGGUUGUGCCUAGUGUGGAGAUUUCAACACAAAUUCCUGGCGUGGACAGGGAGUGGCAUCUAAGUUGACAGACCGAGGCAUAAAACAUUGGCUCACUAUUUUCAAUUUUAAGACAGCCCUAUCAUCACAGCAACUACUUAAACUCCAUGCUUUGACUGUAGAUGCUGAAACCAGAGUAAUCAUAAACACCUUUGUUUUGAAAAGCUCUCCAACUUCCUUAGGUUCAGCAACCGUGACAGUCUCUUCGCCACGCACAAGCGCACAUGCUGAUUUGUUGAUGUUGAACUGUGCGACAUUGUUGCUGCGUCGCACAACUCGGUGCAGUAGUGAGCCUCGAUUUCACAAGUAUGAUGGCACAGUUGAGGCACUGUGCAGCUUUUUGUAUGUCCCGCAUUUCCUCAAACAUCCAACAUUGUCUUGAAUUUAGUGUGUGCUAUCUUCAAUAUUCUCACCAUCACUGUGUGUAAGAAGGCUACCACUUUCUCUCUCUCUCUCUCUGUGACGUGAACUUUUUCCUUCAUUUUCCACAAGGCUGUCAUUGAGAAAGACAAACCCAAAACGUGAUGUUGCAACAAAAUGUAUGAUUGCAACAAAAUGGUGCACAGAAUGGACACGCAUGCUCGCUAACAAAAAAAAACUAUGGCCUUGUUAUGAGAUUGGACACAUAUAUAGUAUGCGCAAAGAUGACAGUUAUGAAGAAGUGAGGAUGCCAUAUUGCAAAUUACGAAAUGAUAUACAGAAACAAUCCUUGCUUUUCCGGUAUGAGAUAACGAUGGUGCACUCACAUACACAAGACCCGAUCUCCUUUUCGAAAUGAUCAUUUCUGGAUGUGACUUAGUGUGCAGACAUGGCAUCCCUGCUUCUUCACAAGUAUCACUUGUGCACGUACACAUUUAGGCCCAACUCUGAAUGCCACUUGUACAAGUUAGCACAUGCAUGUGUCUAUUCCGUACAUCCAUGUCUUCUCUUGCACUUGAACAUUUAACCAAGAAGGCUAAGCCUCGACACUCGCUAGGUGAGAAGUGACUGAAGCUUCUUUUUCAUUUCUUGCACUCAGAUUCCAACAUUGUAUAGUUGUUUGUCCUUGUUUUACUUGGAACACUAAUCUGAAGACAUUACAGCGGGCUUGCAUUAUCUGAACUUAUAUGGACCACAAACUAUAUUUGAUUUAUCAGAGGGUUAGGUUAUACGAAGCAGAACAUAAAAAACAAAGAUGAAAAUAAAAUUAUGUUUGUUUGAACCGAUAUAUAACUUCAAGGGGAACAUGAAUGGAUAUACAUAUGAUUCGACUGAUUUCUUGGUGAAUAACUCGGUGGCACCAUACAGUGGUAACACCCACAUUUGUAUGCACACAUCUUGAAUGCGAAACUUGGGUAUGUUCUGACUAUUCACAUCUCAUGAUUGUCCUCUCAUCGACUAUUUUCUCACCAUGUUCAUCUGACUUGGGAAGCCAAACUGUUUCACUGAAAUUGGAGCUUAUCAAACAGACAGUGAGCCAACCCAAACUUGGAGAUCUAUUUGUCUUAGCCAGAGUUUCGGAUUAUCCAAGUUGGAAUUAUUGUGAUUAACUGUAAUUAAUGUUUGUGCCACAAUAAAUAUCCACAAGCUUCUCAAACAUUCAAUAGAAACGUAUUUUUGUUGGCAUGAAUGCCCACAGUAAUCUUCAGCGGCCCUAAAUAUACGGAGGGUAUUUCCCCAGACAACCACUUUGAAUCAUUGCAUUUACUCGCAUGUUGUCACAUACUGCUUGAAGGUCACCUUAUACUACUCAACGUAAAUUGAUGCAAAGUGUCUUUCAGUAACAUUGAAACAUUCCUUGCGAAGAGCAGUGUUCAAGCAAUGUGCCAGACAGUGAUACCUCAACAACAAGUCAUUUCAUUCACCAUUGUGUCAUUUAACAUUCUAACAUUGACAAAUCACUGAUUAACCAACAAAUCAAGCUUACCAAGGUAAGCCUCAAAUCAAACUGCUCCUUUGCCUAAAAUGGCUUGCCAAGCAGCCCAUCAAAUACCCCAUCCAUGAACAUGAGCAGGUAUGUUUGUUCCACCAGGCUAACAAGACCAAUCUGUAGCUACAGUCUGUAGACUUUCAGGAGCAACAAGAGUUUCACACCACGCGUGCCGCGUUUCCUUUGCAUAGCCAGUUUCAUCACGCGCGAACUGCCCAGUGACUUAAGUACGUGUUGAGAAGAGUGUGUCCUAGACAAUCGCAGCAAAUAACUUUUUUCAAACAGACCUGAAUGAAAGCUCACAUUUUUAUCAGCUCGCAAUUGCACCGUGUCAGCAUACAGGUGUGCGACAGUAGCCCUCUGUUUCUGUGUAUGUUCGAAUUCCAAAAAUUGUGUUUAGUAGUUAUUUAUGUCUUCCAAUGUGUGAAAAGUGACACUGUUUUUGUAAAUAGCUUUGUGAGCAUUUUUGUGUGUUAUCCUCCAAUUCACCGGGAUUUCUUUCUGGGGCAGCGUCCUUACAACCAACACAAGUUCUGCUUUCUCCACAGGAAUACAGCCGAGUCAAAAAAGUUUCGUUGUGUUAAUGGACGUGAUUAUCCUGACAUCAAGCAAUAACUGACUUUGUAAAGAAUUACAUACUUGGGUUUUUUGUAUCGACGCUGCACAAAGUCAAGCCACUUGUAACCCAAAAUCUGAAAAGGUCGACGGCUUGAAAGUAAAAACGGUGUGUGAUCUUGUAUCUGUCAAUACACAUCUAGGGCAAUAAAGUUUUAUCUUUGAAAUAAAUUGUGCAAGCAUUGAAUAAACUGGACCGUUUGACACUACAUUUGACAUUUCGA